AUGGUCAACGACUCGAUCAAUACGGAUCAACACAACGGAGAAAUUUUUUGGAAAAAAAAUCGUUAUAACCUAUUAUUAUUAUUAUUAUUAUUAUUAUUAUUAUUAUUAUUAUUAUUAUUAUUAUUAUUAUUAUCAUUAUUAUUAUUAUUAUUAUUAUUAUUAUUAUUAUUAUUAUUAUUAUUAUUAUCACAGAGCUAUAGAAAGAUUAUCAAGAAAAUACAGAACAAAAUAGGACAAAUUUAUUUUUCAACCGAACAUCUAUCUGAUUUAUUAUUGUUCCUACUGUCAUUCUUAUUAUUGUUAUUAUUACCAUCACUAUUAUUAUUAUUAUUAUUAUUAUUAUUAUUAUUAUUAUUAUUAUUAUUAUUAUUAUUAUUAUUAUUAUUAUUAUUAUUAUUAUUAUUAUUAUUAUUAUUAUUAUUAUCAGUAGUAGUAAAAACGGGAGAACAUCUGCAGAUUCGUGGACUCUACAACGACAAUGCCAUCUUUUCUCCGAUGGAGGCGGAGUCAAAUACACAAAGAGAGAUGAGGAUUGGAAAGAAAAAAAAACAACAACAAGAGGAGUAA